GCUGACCCUCCAGCCCUGGGCUCAGCAGCCGGGCAUACGUGUAGCUAGGAACACUUACACGGCCUUCAAUCUUUUGUAGAUGGUGCUGCUUGUCGGGCCUGGGCUGGGACUUUUCCCGCUGCCCAUACUCCAUGGAACUGGCCAUUUCAGCGGUGCUGUGCUACAACAUGCAACCUUCGCCCACGCUGAGAGGCUGAUGGAGCACCGCCGGGGAUGUGAGCGCUACCAGGACGCGGUCGCGUUCACGGCGUGGAAAUUGCAGAAGCGCAUCAAGAGAGACGUGGGGUACAAGAUCUGGGCUGCCUAUAACGACGUCACCACCGCCUACGUGCUGUACUGGAAGCUUAUGUACAUGGCCGCCGCGUUCUCGCGCGUGCUGGCAGCGCUGGGAGGCAGCGGCGCCGGUGGAGCCUGAUGAGCGGGCGGCAGGCGCCAGCAGCGCCAGCAGCAACACUAGCGGCAUCAGAAGCGCCAGCAGUACGGGUAGUUGGCGCUGCUGCAAGUGGAAGCGGGCGGGGGCGGCGCCCGGGCACUCGGCGAAACAGCGACACGUGCAUGCGCCGCUGCUGCAGGGCGGCGUGUGGGGCACGCACGUGCAGCUGCGUCGCACGGAGGGCCCUACGUCGUACGCGGCUGGACUGCCAUGCGGGCGCCACGGCCGGCCGUGUACAGCACAUAGCGUGGCGCGGCGUGGGUCGGGGCACGGGCUGAGGCUGGAGCUGGCUGCAGGUGUGUGGUCAAGGUACGGUACGAUGAGAAGAGAAUGGCUGUAGCACUAAAUGUUUUGUGGGCACAGGCGCAUGCGGUAGGCGUUUCCUGCCUGCGUCUGUUUGGUUCCACAUCUGUACCUUUACCAGUAUCAUAUUUGAUUGUACAUUACAGCGCUUUACUUGCCUUGCAAAUUGUGUGUGUGGCUCAACUGGAAACCGUGUAGUUGCUUGAUGAUACGUCAGGAUGGGUCCAUGCAGCUAAUUGUGCAAACAUCUGGCAAACGUGCCAACGCGAAGGAAUAGAGCGGUGGGCUGCAACUCUGCAAGUCACUUCACGGCUGACGGUGAACGGCCGUUUUGAUGUGCGUGUGAUUUUGCGUGGGUUGCGUAUCAGAGCUCGUGCAUUACGGCAACUGAGGAUGGAUACCCAGACAAGUUAGAACUGAGUCGUACGGAAAUGGAUAGGGAUCAAGGGCUGCAGGCACAGGGGUUUGGACACGGGAUUCAGGAAUGCGUUGCUGCUGCUAGACAGAUGUUGCAUGCAGGUUGCGUUCAUCAAAUGCACUUUGCAGGAGAGACGCAGUGGGGCUGUGCGCCCGCCUGUGGGCGAGCGAGAGACGAGUGCGGUGCGGUCCAACAUCCUGAGACCAGCUGGGGAGCUCGUUACGACUGUUGCGGGAGUUAAAAGUUGAAUGUGUUUUUGCGACCAUGUAACGAAGCAUGCAGUGGUGCACCACCUGACGACCGUGUCCAUCCAUCCGUGCACCCCGCCAUGAAGUUGGUCGCUGCCUGUUUCGUUGUGAUGACGUGAUUGUGGGUACAUCCAAGAGUGACUCUACCCGCUUCUAAAAAGGGGCGCGGCAUAAUCUACACCGUAAACUGCAUGCGCUACUAACCAGUGGCACUGUCCAGCGUGGCAAGUCAGCAUAUCAAGGUGCAUCUGGGCAGGAGGAUAUGAUCGUGUAUCUCACCUGUGAGCUGGGGGGAAAGAGAAAGAGUCGCGCGGUGCGACGCAACUUGUCCGGGCCCGGAUGGCCGUCCCGAUGGGCCACACCGAGAAACCCCAGAACUUGGUUAGUUGAAUCACUGACCGGCAAGUAGUACAGAACAGGCCACUUUAGCGGUGCUGUGCUACAACCCGUGAUUGUGGGUUAGCUCCUGGGUCUGAAGCGCCACGGUUCGGGAGAUCGGUGCAGCUAAGAGACUGUGUGCUUCUGACGGCCGGGUUCCAGCGCUCGUAUCUUCCUUCGUUCGGAACGAAAUUUGCCCAAAAAGGCCUCUGGCGGACGAAAUGUUUUUGAUCUUGACUUGGAAUUUCGGCCAAACCGCACGGGAU